AUGUCGAAAUACUCAGUUCAAAGCACUAACGUGAUUCCAUCUGCCGCUUGGCCGUGUCCCCUCCGAUCAGCGUUUUCAUUCGCGACAAUUCCGGAUGCUCUGGAAGCCGAUCUCCAAGAAAUGGACCGCGAGGAUGCGAAUUGGAAAAAAACACAGACCAAAUUCAAGCGUGCACGUGCGGCUUUUGAUAACACUAUCAAAACUAUCAAAAAAGCUGUUCCAUCCGGUUGA